GUUUGACAGACAGCUGACACGACCAAUCAGAUUAGCGCUGCUCUUCACACAACCUGCAUGCUGACUAGCGAGCUAGCUGCCGACAUAUCGCCAGCUGAGAGGAAGCGACGGCACGAAAGCAGAGCAGACGAGCUUCAGGAUUCACAAUAAAAUGUAUUGGAGUCGGGCCUUUCACACCGGCUGGGUUCUGCUGCUGUUCCAGCUGAUGUGUUUGGAGGCAGUUCCAAUCAGUAUGGACAAGACAAAAGUCAAAGAGCCGGAGAAAAAACCUGAAGAGCCUCCAGCAAGUGUGGACACAGGACUCCACUAUGACCGCUACCUCAGAGAAGUCAUUGAUUUUCUAGAGAAAGAUCAGCAUUUCAGAGAAAAGCUCCACAAUACAGACAUGGAGGACAUUAAGCAAGGUAAGCUGGCCAAAGAGCUGGACUUUGUCAGCCAUCACGUCAGAACAAAACUAGACGAGUUGAAGAGGCAGGAGGUAAACCGACUCCGGACCCUGAUUAAGGCCAAGCAAGACCUCGAAGGAGGGAAUGACAUCGCAGUGGACCACCAGGCUCUGCUGAAACAGUUUGAGUACUUGAACCACAUGAACCCACAUACAUUUGAAGUGGAUGACCUGGAUCGGCUCAUCAAAUCGGCCACUAAGGAUCUGGAAAACUAUGACAAAGAGAGACACGAGGAAUUCAAGAGGUAUGAAAUGAUGAAGGAGCACGACAGACGGGAACACCUGAAAACACUGGACGACGAAGACAGAAAGAAAGAGGAGGAGCACUAUGAGGAGAUGAAGAAGAAGCACGCUGACCACCCAAAAGUUAACCAUCCGGGUAGCCAGAAUCAACUGAAGGAGGUUUGGGAGGAAGCUGAUGGUUUAGACCCUGAGGACUUUGACCCCAAGACCUUUUUCAACUUGCAUGAUACAAAUGGAGAUGGCUUCUUCGAUGAACAGGAGCUUGAGGCUUUGUUCACCAAAGAGCUGGAAAAAAUUUAUGACCCCACCAAUGAAGAGGAUGACAUGGUGGAGAUGGAGGAGGAGAGGCUUCGUAUGAGAGAGCAUGUUAUGAAUGAGGUGGAUUCUAACAAAGACAGGCUAGUCUCUUUAGAUGAGUUCUUGGUUGCUACAAAGAAAAAGGAAUUCUUGGAGCCAGAUAGCUGGGAGACCCUGGAGCAGAACCAGGCUUACACAGAUGAAGAAAUGAGGGAAUUUGAGGAGCAUCUUGCUCAGCAAGAACAGGAUCUGAACCAGAAGGCUGUUGACCUCCAGAAACAGAGAGAUGAGCUGCAGAGACAGCAGGAGCAGCUUAAUGCACAGAAAAUUGAGCUGCAACAGGCUGUUGAACAUAUGGAGCGGCUCAAGUCACAGAAAGUAGAACUUCCAGAGGUUCACGUUGAAGGAAAUCCUGUUCCAGAGAUACAUGCAGUUGACAACCAGUUACACACUGAACAAGAGGUCCAACAACAAGAACAUCAACCUACACACCACGCUCCUCAAGAUGUACCUCAGGAAGACCAUGUACAACAAAAUCCAGACCUGGCUCAGCAAGGUCUGCCCCUGACACAUCAGGAUCUAGCACCAGGCCAUCAAGAAGCUGCACAAGGCCAGCAUAACCUGCCAUAACAAUGCUGACAACACUUCAGAAGCAGACUUUUGCAGCAUCUCCACUCCUGCGUGCAGAGGAGCAGUCCCACCAGAAUAUAAGGCCUCUUUAACCAGCAUGAGCAGCAUCAGGGGUCUGGAGUACACUUGAGAUGAAGGAGAGCGACACGAAAGGAAUCCCUGUUAUCCCUGAUACCAGUGUUUGUUAAUAACAAUAAUCCUUGGAUUGCAAAAUGGAAUUACAAUUGUAAAGCGACCUAACAUGGACAUGUAUCCUAAAAAGUGACCACUUACUUUUUCAAGGAGUUGUGUUUUAUUACAUCAGAAAUGAUCAAGAUUGUGUUGUUAUCUGAUCAUAUCCAAAUAUAAUUUAGGUGAGCUUUUAUAACCAGCUGUUUGCUGUUCAAAGUCUAGAACCUCUAAAAUGACAUGCUGCUGGCUCCACGACCUGAUGGAUUUGACUGAAGAGCCUGUCAAAUAUCUACAGUGCAGCUGUUAAUGGGGAUAAAGGUGUAAAAAAGUCUUUUUAAUUUUACUAUUUUGACCUUGGUUUUCUGUCAAGAUACCCCCAAAUAUUUCCAAAAAGAAAUUAUGUGCGAAACUUGUGCUGAAAUGUGUUUUACUAGACUGUAUCAAAUAUUUUACAAAUUGACUGCAAGAGACAUUUUGAAGAUUUCUUUAUUGUAUUAAAAGCUCAAACGGAGUAAAGAUGCGCUAUAGAAAUUUUAUUCAACAUACAGCAUUUUUAUGCUGCAUCAUUUCACGUAAAAAGUAAAAGUAAGGACUUGAUGCAACCAGAUACAGAUAGGAAUCCUCGAUCUACAAGAUAGUUAGAUCUUUGCAGAAAACGGUUUUUUUUUGCUAUCAUGUCCAGCUGCCAUCAUUAUUGCUACAUUUUACAGUCUUUUAACCUUCAAGAAGCCAGACCACUCGGUCCUCGCACUUUGGUGAGGAAAUACAACACUUUUGCUACUUUCUUAAUAUGGUCAUUUUGCUUGCUGUUAUACUCAGUCAACUGUUUAUCUACCAUGAAACAUCUUUUUUCUUGUGUACAGUCAGAUUUUCAGAGUUUUCUCAGCUGUAUAACUAAAAAUGCGCGCUGUGCUUGAAAAGACGUGGCGCUGGUCAUUUUCAGGCCACGCUGCAGCUGUUCUCCGUUGACUUUGUUAAAAUAAAGGUGCUAGAUUCUUAAAAAUAGAUAUAGGAGAGAUAAACAAGUCCUAAGUCCUGCAGAAUCUGUUAUGGGAGUUUCAGGUUAGUUACGGUGUACUUUUGGGAAAAAAAAAUUAAAACCAACUGCUUGCCCUACAGGAUGAACAAAGGUUGGCCCUCUGGAGUAUUGAAUUUGUUACACACUGUAGUGGGCAUGUGUGUUUAUUCAUGAGUUGAUCAUAGUUGAUCUUGAUUUUGAAUUUGUUUAAAGAAACGGUUUUGAUGUCAGGAAGGUAUUUUUUUCAGUUGAGGUUACAGUGGUGUGUUUCUUCAUAAUCAUCUGCAUCAGAGUCUGGAUUUGUUCAGUUAAUUAAAAGAUUUUAUUAGAAAAGCGGUAAAGCUCUGAAUAUAAGCUACGUCAGAUAACCAGCGUCACAAAAAUGCAGCAGUUUUUUAUCUGUCGAAGUGUGAGACCAUAAAAACUUCUGAAUUUGGCUUCUUUACUUUCAGUUCACGUCAUUGUGUUUGGUACAAGAUGUGUAUUACUUUGUCCUAAUUAGGACAAAAUUGGAAUAUUUUUCCCCCAGUUUGCUGGUUUGGUAUAAUUGCUGUGCUUUUCAGGUUGCUUUUUCUCAAGUCAUGUUGUUUCUACUAGCUAGCAGACUGGCCGUGGCAAAAAGUGUUGUCGACGUUUAAUGAAGGCUUAAUUCGCAUCCACUGAUCACAUCUUUGCCUUACUGUGGUUUACUUAAGAGAACAUUUUAUUUUCUGUGUGCCAUGUGUUCCUUUGAAACAACAACGCAUUAUGGUUUGCACAAAAUGUACAGGUGAUGUUUCUGAUCGCUUGCUGCUGGAUACAAGAGUCAUUUGACAAAACUGUACACCUCAGUUCAAAAUAAUAAAACAGUUUACCUUUCA